AUGAACAAUGAUUAAUGUAUUUGGAAAUAUAGACCAUCUGCUUUAUAUAGAGAAAAACAAUAUAGUAUAUUUAGAUAAGUUGGACAUUAGUCUCUUAAAUAACUAUUACCACAUGAAAUAUAAAAUAAGAAAAAAAGGCAUAAUUUCAGUUUAUAAAAUUCUUUUGAAAAACUGCCAGAAUUAGAGAAGACUAGAUAAAAAUUUAAAUAUGAGCUUCCUAAAUUGGAGUAUCCACAACCUUUAAAAUUAAUGACAGUUGAGGAAUAUAGAGUAAUUUUAGAAAGAAGAAUCAAGGAAGAGGAAUAAAAAAAAAAAUAUAAAUGGGAAUUACCUAAAAUAGAGGUUUAUGUUAAACCCAGCAAGUAUUCUAUUAAAUCAAUAGUUGAUAAUGAGAAACUGAGAAUAAAAAUGGAAUAAUUCUUAAUUGAUUGA